AUUUUUUUUAAUAAUAUAGCUAUUUCUAUAUCUCUGUGUUGUGUGAUGUUUUGUAUGGAGAUUUGUGUAUUCGUUGUUAUAGCAAUUCAGUCGUAGAGUCUUCUUCUGUCUUUUUCUUCUCUCUGUUUUGGGUCUGCAACUUGAGCGGCUCUGAGGUCUAUUUCACUGUUUUCUGCAGAGAGACGAUAUAAGAUAAAAAGUUUCAACUGAUCUUUGUCACGUUUUUGCGAUAGGGGAACCGUAGCCAUAGAUUUGUAAUCCCCUCUCUGUUCUUGGUUUUGGUUUUGGUUUGCACCUAUUUAUUAUCUUCGUUUUGCUUAUUUCUCUUCUGUUUGAAGGGCAGAGGGAGGGAGAGGGAGAGGAGUUUUGUUUUUCUUUUUGGAAAAAGAAAUUUCUCUAAAGAGGAAACAGAGUUGUUGGGAGUUGAGGAGGUGGAGAUUUAUGUCGGCUGGGUUUGACUUGGCUGUGAUUGGGGCUCUGUUGAAGCUCUCUGUUUCUUCUUCUUCUCAAAUCGCUUGCUUGGCUCUCUGUUGCUGUAUGAUUCUCUGCUGUUUCCAGCAGAGUCUGAGUCUGGGGUUCCCAUCUGUUUCGAUGCGUUUGAGACCCAAGAGGACUUGUUCUGGAGUGAAGUGCUUUGGAGCUUCUCAUGUAAAACGAUUCUCAUUCCUUCUUUUGCUCUUCAGAAGAGGGGGUUUCACCUGAAAUCAAAAACUGCCUUUCGUUUUCGUUUUCGUUUUUGGUUUCUUCGAUUUUUGAUUCAUUUUCUUUGCCCCUCCUUUGAAGAGUUCCAAAAUUUUCCCUACACUUCUUUUUGUUCUUUCUUUUCUUUUUACCUUCUAAAGAUGCCGGAGCCUCGAGUUUUACAAGUAGCGAAUCAGAAAAGUUUCGGAAGAAAAUCGAAGCCGAGACUGAAUCUUCCCCAAGAAAUGAGAAUGACCCGGAAAAUCCGUGUCAUCUGUAACGAUCCGGAUGCAACCGAUUCAUCUUCCAGCGAAGAUGAAGGAGACGAUUCGAAAUCUCUCAAAUCCAAACGAAUCGUCAGAGAAAUCCACCUCCCUUUGUUCCCAUCCCACUCGAAAUCAACGGACCCCACCAUCACGACCACCACUCUGAGCUCUUCCCAAGACAGCAACAAUGGCGGCAAAAGGAGGGUUUUAGCCAAAACCCUGUCGACCAGAAGAACAGCCUCCCAAUACAGAGGGGUUCGCCAGAGAAAAUGGGGGAAAUGGGCCGCUGAAAUCCGAGAUCCUUUCAAAGGAGCCCGCAUUUGGCUCGGAACUUACAACACAGCAGAGGAAGCCUCCCAGGCCUACGAAUCGAAGCGGCUCGAGUUCGAAUCCGCCAUGGCCGCCGCCGCCUCCCCUCCCAAAAUCAACCUCUCCUCCUCCUCCGCCGCCUCCUCCGCCUCCGCGGAGGAGACCCAAUCGGAGAGCGUCGUGUCCCAGACAUCCCCGGCCGCCGCCGUCGCCACCACCGCCGCCGAAAUGGAAACUUCGUCCUCUGUUUUGAUCAAGGAGGAGGAGGAAGUGAUGAUGAUCGACGCGAAUUUGAUGAACGAACUCCAAAUGCCCGAUUUGGGAUUCGUGGGCGAGCUCAAUUUGGGGCUGCCGGAGCUAGACCCGUUUUUCAUGGACGACAUCGGUCAGUUCCUCGACGAUUUCACCGCCAUGGACGAUGUUCAGAUUUAUGGGUUCGAAGACGACGAGCCGAGCGGGCUGCCGGACUGCGAUUUCAGCGAUUUUGGGAAUGACGACAUAUCUUGUUGGGUGGAUGAAGCUCUCAACGUGCCUUGCUCGUGACAAGUUUUGCAGAUUAGGGUUCAAUCAUGAUCAGUAUUAAUGUUUGUUAUUGUUGUUAUAACGAUGAUGAGAUUUUGUUUUUGCUGGAAAAGACUGAUUUUCUCGGGAAAAUGUUGGGAAUUUUCCGGGAAAGUGCUUUUUUGAUGGGGAGGAAGAGUCGCAAAAGAAGAGAGAGAGAGAGAAAUUCAUGUCCUCUGGGUUUUCCUGUGCUUUGAGAGCCGUCCAGGGAUGAGGAUUUCUUCUUUUUUUUUUUUUUAAUUAAUUUUUGUUCUUCGAGAAUUACAAUGGUUUAUCGAUGGAGUUGAAAGAGUAAAUUUCUUUUUCUUUCU